ACCUAUCCUUCAGUGCUUCUCCUCUUCGUAUUUUCUAAAGCUGAAACAUCUUGCUACUCUCUCUCUAUAAGUCCACCUCUCCUUCAAGCAAAGCAUCUUCCUCUAAGAUUGUCUGGUCUUAAAUUCAACCAGGCCCAUCUAAGGGAUCUGGAACAAUCUUUGUCUCUGGUACUUGUCUGAUCAACAGAGCAAUAACAAAAAAAAUGGAUUCCUCUGUCUCCAGAUCCACCUCUGUAGUCUCGAAUUUGAGUUUCUUGGCUGUGUUGAUCGUCUUCUUGAUUUCUUCCUCUUCUCUUACUUCAACAGAAGCAUAUGAUGCGCUUGAUCCAGAAGGUAACAUUACAAUGAAAUGGGAUGUCAUGAGCUGGACUCCUGAUGGCUAUGUUGCCGUGGUUACCAUGUUCAACUUCCAGAAAUACAGACACAUUCCAUCUCCUGGAUGGACAUUAGGUUGGAAAUGGGCAAAGAAAGAAGUCAUAUGGAGUAUGGUCGGUGCGCAAACAACCGAACAAGGUGAUUGUUCAAAGUACAAAGGAAACAUACCACAUUGUUGCAAAAAAGAUCCAACGGUUGUGGAUUUGCUCCCCGGGACUCCUUACAACCAGCAGAUUGCUAAUUGCUGCAAAGGCGGUGUACUGAACUCAUGGGUUCAAGACCCUGGCAAUGCUGCUAGCUCCUUCCAGAUCAGUGUUGGUGCUGCUGGAACCACAAACAAAACGGUCCGCGUGCCGAGAAACUUCACUCUCAUGGGCCCUGGUCCUGGCUACACUUGUGGUCCAGCUAAGGUUGUUAGACCAACCAAGUUUGUCACCACUGACACUCGCAGAACCACUCAGGCUAUGAUGACAUGGAACAUUACAUGCACAUACUCGCAGUUCCUAGCUCAAAGAACACCAACUUGCUGCGUUUCUUUGUCUUCUUUCUACAACGAAACCAUUGUUGGAUGUCCAACUUGCGCUUGCGGAUGCCAAAACAACAGAACAGAGUCCGGUGCCUGUCUCGACCCUGAUACACCGCACUUGGCUUCUGUCGUCUCACCACCGACCAAGAAAGGAACCAUCUUGCCUCCACUGGUGCAAUGCACGAGACACUUGUGUCCCAUCAGAGUGCAUUGGCACGUGAAGCAGAACUACAAAGAGUAUUGGCGAGUGAAGAUCACGAUCACAAACUUCAACUACCGUUUAAACUACUCGCAGUGGAACAUGGUGGCACAACAUCCGAAUUUCGACAACAUCACUCAGAUCUUUAGUUUCAACUACAAAUCUCUCACUCCUUAUGCAGGACUAAAUGAUACGGCGAUGUUGUGGGGAGUGAAGUUCUAUAAUGACUUCUUAUCAGAAGCAGGGCCUCUUGGGAAUGUGCAGUCAGAGAUUCUGUUCCGUAAGGAUCAAGCAACCUUCUCGUUUGAGAAAGGAUGGGCUUUUCCUCGUAGGAUCUACUUUAAUGGAGACAACUGUGUCAUGCCGCCUCCUGACACUUACCCUUUUCUCCCCAGCGGUGGUUUCCGACCAGAAGUCUCUGUCUUCGCCUCCGUGCUCCUCCCUGUUCUUCUUGUCUCUCUUCUUCUUCUCCGCGUGAGUUUCAUAUUGACGGUUUUGCCACUGACGAACGAUUCUGUGUCCGGUUCGGUUAGGGUUAGGCCGUGGCUGGGUCUGUUUUAAACGGUGGAGUGGUGUACACGCUAUUUAUGAUUCUUUUGUUUCCUUAAAAAUGGUAAUCUUUUCAUAAUUUUGUAUGUAAUAUAGCUUUCAGCUUACUUGUUUUCCUUUAUUUUGUUAUUAGUUUCUCUUAUGUUCGUAUUUGUUGGGUUCUGUACUUGUAGAAUGAGAAGAAAAGAUGAUAAUGCCAGAUAUUUGUUUAUAUA